GUUUGUGAAGAACUGUAGCUAACUUCAGCUGUCAUCCUUUAUUAUUGAAAAAUACCAGAAUGGACACUGUAUAUCAGCCUUCAUUUAUCUUUUCGCAGAAUGGAACUCUGAUAACCAAUCGGUUUGUUGAGUUUCGGAAGCUGUGUGAAUUAUUUGCUAAUGAAAUUAUAAAAGGACGAGAUCCUUCAGCAAUGAUAUUAACCAAGAUCACAAAAUUCCCGCCUCUUAGAGAUGUUCCUCUGUUGAACGAGGCUUUUGAUCUACUGAAAGAUUCUGCGUUUGAAUAUCAUAUAUCUCGUGAGAAGGGAAAUUUAGAUUAUUGGCCUGAAGAUGACCCACAAAAUAACCAAAGGGAUUCAAAUAGGUCCAGCCCUUCAACUGAUAGGUUAAGAAGAACAAGACAGACAUAUAAUACGUUUUUACCAAAAGAAGAAAUGGCUGCAUGUAAGAAAUUGUUCCGGAAAUUAUCGCAAGUAUGCCAUAAACACCAGCAAGCACUUGAACCCUUACAAGAAGCUAUUUCGGAAUACAAAGAACUGGACAGGAAAUGUUUGGAUGCAUACACACAGAUGAAUAUUGCAUCUGACAACUUCAACGAAUAUGCUAACGGUGAUGUAGAUGACCAAAAUGGAUUCAAAGAGGCCAGCUAUGAAGCUCAUAAGGUAUACAUACAGCGGACGAAAGAAUACACCAUGUACAAAGAAAAGUCAAAAGUGGCCUUUGAGAAGAUGUACCCGAGGUACAAAACAGAGAAACAAAUCAGAGAGGAGCGUAUGAAUAAGUUGGACAAUGAUUUGAAAAUCAUCAUAGAGACAGAGAUGAGGGAAAUACUGACAGAGGGAAUGAAAACAUUGAUGAAAAUAGCUACAGCAUGCCGAUUCUCUCCAGAUGUCAUAGAUAGAAUUGGAAACUUUGAUUGUGCCAUCACUGCUGAAAAGCUUUACAGAGAUGUUUGCUUAAAGUAUUGCCAUCCUGCCGUUAAUGAGAAGCAUCUUGGUGAUGUACAUGGAAACAGUCUCUACAUUUAUCCAUAUUUUCAUGUCAUGGAUAAAGAUGAACGAAGAUUUCGGGAGCACGAGAGUUGUAUAUCUCUACUAGAUGGCGAAUCAAAACGUAAUUAUUUUCAUUGA